UUGCUUGUUCGUGUCUACACAAGUGCAGUGCAAAGCACGAAAGCAGAUCAUUUCGCUCCGAAGUCUUGACUCGAGAGGAUGGCUGAACACGAGGUGAUACUGGCCGGCGAGGAACCCCAGUUCUUCGAGGGUGUCGAGAAGCUGCUCGAGGUGUGGUUCACACGGGAAGACGGCCGAAUCGACAACUGCAACUUGCGCAAAAUUCCCAGGCACCAGUUGGUGAGCUUGCUGAAAAUCGUGCGUUGCGAAAUCAUCAGCUCCGUGCAGAACGACCAGCUGGACUCCUACGUGCUCAGUGAGAGCAGCAUGUUCGUGUCGCAGCGCCGCUUCAUCCUGAAAACUUGUGGCACGACGACCCCCCUGCAAUGUCUGGAGCCGCUGUUGCUGCUGGUCACCAAGUACGCCGGUUUUGACGCUGUCGAAGACGUCUACUACUCUCGCAAGAACUACAAACGCCCAGAACUCCAGCAAUCGCCGCACUGCAAUUUCGAACAGGAAGUCGCCGUUUUGGACUCCUUCUUCAAAGAUGGAGCCGCUUACUGCUUGGGAUCGGUGAACAGAGACUGUUGGUACCUGUACACCCUGCACCCUCUGCGUGGACCUCGCCGUGGAACUACCGAACCGGACCAGACCCUGGAAAUUAUGAUGACUGACCUCGACCCGAAAAUCAUGAGCAUUUUCACUCGCGAGGAGUGCUCCUCUGCAGCUGAAGCCACUCUUCGAUCUGGCAUCGACAAGCUCCUCCCGGACAUGAUCAUUGACGACUACUUGUUUGAACCGUGUGGCUAUUCCAUGAACGGAAUAUCUAAAACCGAGGAAGGGCCAAAGCUGGCCUCUGGUUGCUACAUGACGAUCCACAUCACACCUGAACCCGAGUUCUCCUACGUCAGCUUUGAGAGCAACGUGCCGCUGGAAUCCUACAAGGAAGUGAUCAUGCGCGUGGUGAAGACCUUCCGACCUGGAAAGUUUGUCCUCGCCGUGUUUGCCAACAAGACAUCUGUGGCAGCGAAGGCGCCUCGGGAGCUGGAGAAGGAAGCGUCGUUCGGGGAUUGGCUGCGGCAUGACGUUCACUACUGCCGCUUCAAAAGCUACGAUCUGACCUACGCUCUGUACAGCAAAUUCCCGAGCUGAGGGUCUGCGGAGGCCCAUUGUCCGCCAGUGUCGAUCUUGAUACUGUGCGGCCUCUCGGGGCCCUCCCCAUAUGUUUGCUGCCCAUUCCUUCUUAGCCUUGCCCUCAAUUCUUUCGACACCUCGUUCUGUUCAGCCCCCGACCCCAGUCCGAGCCUUCUAUUUUCUUGGUGGCGCAACAAAAUUUCAUGAUCGCCGCCUCCGCAGCCAUUUGAAUGACACAUACAUCAGCAAUGAUGGCCAACUGCUUCCGGUCGGCCACCACAACUCGGGUGACAUCAGUACUGGUCUCAUCCUUUUCGUUUUUGGUCUGUCAGACGCUGGCUGAGCUCAGCCAGCAUGUCUCGGGCCGGAUCCUGCAAACGCGCAUACACACUUACAAAAACAAACACACGAUCCGAAGCCCUCAAACCAAAAGCGCGGCUCGCAACUCGCGGCCGAUUUAUCGAUUGUUUACAUUUUAAUGGUGCUUUCACUUGAAAGCCAACCUGUGUUCGUUCCAUUUGGUAUCUAUACGUUAUGUAUGUGUAACUAUUUUACCUGUUUAUUGCAAUGGUUAUGGUGUAUCACGGCAGAAUAUUGCAUUAAUUGCACAGUCUGACCGGUAAAAAUACGCAAUAUUUCUUUGUCUCGUAAAUUUAUUGCAUUUAAAUUUAAUUUGAUUGUGACAUGUUUGGUUGCACCAGUGGGUUUCACAAGAGUUGAGUGGGAGGAUGCCUUUCAUUUACCUUCCCCUCGUCUGUUAAUUCUAUGUAGUCGUAGAUGGGCAAAUAAACAAUUUAAUCAUCCAAAAGAA